AUGCACCUGGGAGUAGCCUUGACCAGAGCUAGCGGUCUCUCCAACCGACAAGAACCGACAAGACCCCUCGUUAUCAUGCGCGCUGACAACGGCCUGUUUUCAUCUGAUUUGGACAUGUACUAUGACCCGAACAUGUCGUUCUACCCUAUUCCAGCACCUGAUUUCGAGCUGGUGCCGGCGCCCGAUAUUUUCCACCCAUUCUUUGUCCAAGGUGUCGAGUAUAUCUCAGACAACAGUCAAAUGCAGGUCAUAAACUCACUUCUAUUCUCUGAUCUCACCCAAACUUCGCCCGGAACGAUUCAUGACAGUCUCUUGUCAGACGAAAUGAAACUGCUUCCUCAAUUGUCAGCUGGCGUCUAUGAUCAACCCGCGGAACUCACCACGUCUGCUUCUUUUUGGAAGGCCUCCGUACAGGACUACGCAUUGAUCGACCCACUUCUGACGUCUACCGGGCUAGCAGAGCUCCAAACUCAGCAUCCCCAGCCAGGUCCCCAACUAUCCGGCUUUGCCGUGACUCUCCUCAACCAAAACUUUAACCGUGAAGACAGUGUGAAUCUGCGGGAUCUCCUUUACCAUGUCCUUACAUCCUCCUGGUUCCUCGCCAACCAACUCGAGCCAACGGAUGGCAAUCAGCAAUCAAUAUAUGCCAGCUUUCUGCAUCAUUCAAAAAUCCCACGCAGUAUCAUUGCCUUUUCGACGGCUGUCGUAAAACAUUCGGCAGACCAGAUCGUGCACUGGGGCAUAUUCCUCGGUAGCUUGCAGCGCUUGCGGCAAAUGCCUUUGCUCCCAGAAUUUGAAAAGGCAUGA